UCAGGGCGGACGGAGCGGUGCCCGCCGUUGUUUGUGGACCGCGCGGUGUUUGUGGACCGCGCGGUGUUUGCUCGCCGCCACCACCACCACUCGCUCGCCUUCGCGUUUUGUUGCCGUUAUUGCGUCGAGGUCCUUCACUCUCAUUUGCUGCUCGGCGUUUCGCCGGAUUGCCGUCCUUGGGUUUUCGUUUGCGCGUAUCGGACAACAACAAAACGCCGAGAUGAUGAUGUUGAUGAUGGUCGCGGUGAUGUGCGCCUUUUGCGGGUGCAUUUUUUUGUUUGUGGUGGAAAGAAAGGGGAGCUGUGAUAUCCCGUCAGCCCGGCUUUGAAUUAGGAUCCACGGAUAGGCGUCAGUCGAUGUGAGCAGAAAGACGUAUUUAGACUCGUCUAGGUCGACUUGGCUGUAAAUGACGGUACCAUUCCCCCCGAGCCACCGGCUCACCAUGAAGGAGGUGUUUGACAGCGACGCUAAGCCGCGUGUGGAUGUCCUCAAAAAUCAUCUCGUCAAAGAGGGCCGUGUGGAGGAGGAUGUGGCACUGAGGAUCAUCAAUGAUGGUGCUUCCAUCCUACGCAGAGAGAAAACCAUGAUUGACAUUGAAGCUCCUGUCACAGUGUGUGGAGACAUUCACGGUCAGUUCUUUGACCUGAUGAAGCUGUUUGAGGUUGGUGGUUCGCCUGCCAACACACGCUAUCUCUUCCUGGGAGACUAUGUCGACAGAGGAUAUUUUAGCAUAGAGUGUGUCUUGUACCUCUGGGCCCUGAAGAUUCUAUACCCCACCACCUUGUUCCUGUUAAGAGGAAAUCACGAAUGCCGACACCUGACGGAGUACUUCACUUUCAAACAGGAGUGCAAGAUUAAGUACACAGAGACUGUGUACGAUGCCUGCAUGGACGCCUUCGACUGCCUCCCCCUAGCAGCGCUCAUGAACCAGCAGUUCCUGUGUGUGCAUGGAGGCCUCUCUCCAGAAGUACACAACCUGGAAGAUAUCAGGAAGUUGGAUAGAUUCAAGGAACCGCCGGCAUUUGGCCCAAUGUGUGACCUGCUGUGGUCAGACCCAUCCGAGGACUUUGGCAAUGAAAAGACACAGGAGUACUUCUGCCACAACACCGUGCGAGGCUGCUCCUACUUCUACAGCUAUCCAGCAGUCUGCGAUUUCCUGCAAAACAACAACUUGUUGUCAGUUAUAAGAGCACAUGAAGCACAAGAUGCAGGGUAUCGAAUGUACAGGAAAAGCCAAACAACAGGAUUUCCAUCACUUAUUACAAUCUUCUCUGCACCAAACUACUUAGAUGUUUACAAUAACAAGGCGGCGGUAUUAAAAUAUGAAAACAACGUGAUGAACAUCCGGCAGUUUAACUGCUCCCCACACCCAUACUGGCUGCCCAAUUUCAUGGAUGUCUUCACGUGGUCUUUGCCAUUUGUUGGGGAAAAAGUGACAGAGAUGCUGGUGAAUGUUCUUAACAUCUGUUCUGAUGACGAACUCACGACGGAAGGUGAAGAAGCGUUUGAUGAAGUCCUUGAUCUCAUCUGUACAAAAGGUGCUGGCAGGAAGCUCAUCUCCUCAGACUGGAAUGGUGUGUGUAACUGCAGGCUGGUCAGACCGGCCAGACAUUUACUGCCAUAUCAUCAUGCAACUGCAACCGCGGCACGCAAGGAGGUCAUCAGGAACAAAAUCCGCGCAAUUGGAAAGAUGGCAAAAAUGUUUUCCGUUCUCCGAGAGGAGAGCGAGAGCGUGUUGACCCUGAAAGGCUUGACCCCGACUGGCAUGCUGCCCUCUGGAGUACUGGCUGGAGGACGCCAGACCUUGCAGAGCGCUGCCUUUGAGGCUGUUGAGGCUCACAAAGCCAUUAAAGGCUUUACGCCUCAGCAGAAGAUCACCAGCUUUGCAGAGGCCAAGGGCUUGGACCGAAUCAACGAGCGGAUGCCGCCACGCAAGGAUGGCGUGUCUCCCGACGGCAGCCCCAGCAUUGUCAACAACAGCAGCAUCACAGACGGCAACAGCACAGGCGGCCGCAAUGGCCAGUGAUGUCGCAGCGGGAUAAUGUCAGACCGCUAAGCUCACUCAGCUCAUUCACCCUCUGUAUGUCAGGAUUGUGCAGUGAGGCCUCUUUGAUGGCACAGCUUUGCUAUUCCCACCUCUGCCCCUUUCCCUUAUCCCACUCCUGCCGUCAUCCCCUUUCUGCACUCUCCCCAUUUAAUGCCCUUCCAUUGCUGCUCUGUCUGAAAAUGCAGGAGCUGAUCUGGGGCAGGCGGCCCCAGCUCAACAAAGGGCAACACCAGGAAAUGUCAAAACAAUGGGGCAUUACGUAUGUGGCACCUAUGCUAUGGGAUUUUCCGGGGGAAACAAGUCUUCUAUUUAUACAAACUGCCUUUUACGAAUGAUGCUCAGUGCUAGUGUUCUGCAUUGUUUCUUCCAUGUUCAGACAGAGCAUGAGUUUCAUAUGUUGAGAUACUACACUAACAAAAGGACAUCCUGGGAAAAGUAAGGUAAUGGUUAUCAGGUUUUUUUAUCUUGACUUAAAGCUUUCGUGACUGCAGGAAUUCAUAUUCUUUGGGUCUUUCGGUAAAGCCAUCUAGAUAGAAAAAUAAUAAAAAUAUCACGACGUUUUGAUCGCAACACAAACAAUCGUCCUCAUCCGAGGACGAUUGCUUGUGGCAUGAGGACGAUUGUGUUGCGAUAAAAACGUCGUGAUAUUUUUAUUGUUUUUCUAUCUACGUGGCUUUACCGAAAUAUCCAAAUAAUAAGUUUUAUAUCAUUACAUAAUCUUGCUUAUGAAAUUAGUCCAUUGAGUCAAGAUGAUCUUUCCAAAAUAUACUUCACACAGGUGGUUUGUAUAAUUAGGAAGUUGUCACUGAUGAUGGUUACUCUUUGUGCUCAUUAAAAGCGCAGAUUUUGUUAGCUUUUGUCACCAAAAACAUUGUAAUAGUAAUGAACUAACCAGCUGGCAAACAGUGGAUGUGCAUGGACCUAUACAAUAUAGGUAUUACUGGAAGAUAUCCUAUCCAGGAUAGGCUGUUUAUGAGUUAGCUGAAAUGCCCACAUUAUUUAUUCCCCUUUUUUAAUGUUAACCGAAUGACUUACCUUGAUUUACUCCAUGGUACCUCUUUUGGCUUCGUCCUGCCAUAUCUGAAUCCAAAUCCUGCCAUUGGAGCCUUUGCUGCCCCAUUUUCCAUGUAAAUCCCACUUUAGUGCCGACAUCCUGGCUUUUUCUAAAAUAGCAUCAGUCAAUAAUUGCUUUUUAAGAUCUUUGUAGCAAGUAUAUUACUUCAAACAAACAAGCCAUAUUUGCGUUAACCAGAAAUAAACUAUAUUUCUCUAAAUGUUGGCUAGGAUGGGGGAAUGUGUAAAGGGCUUUUUAACUAGCAUGAGAUGAAUGGGAUUUGAAUUGGCAUGGGAUAAACGGAAUGUAUGGACGUAUCGCAAAAAUAACUCAAAUGAAAGUCAAUUCAAUUAAUCAAAUUUGUAUUAACUUGUUAUGCUAGUGAGUGUUUGGUAUAUGCUGUAAUUUUUGCUUCAAGUGCAGCUGUGGGAGGCACUUGCUGCCGCAGCCUGUGGAGAUGUAGUAAUGCAAGCUGUAGCUCUGAGCAUCAUCUUGAAGAGGAGGUGAGCAUUGUACCACUAAUAUGGUGUCUGGACAAGGCACUUUUUCCCAUGGUCUUUUAUUUCAGAAUAAAUAUGCCAGUGUUUGUGAUCGUGCAGGUUUUUAUAAAUGAAACAAAGUGCAUUGUAAAUGGAAUGCAGAGUAAUGCAAACGAUGAGCGUUCUGCUGCUUUGCAUUUUGGUUCAGGAAAAAAAUCCGUGUGAUCUCGCACUCACAUGCAACCAUCGACAUGUCCCCGCCAAAGAGCCCUGUGGUUUACUCGUAAGUGAAGUGGACUGUAGGUCUCGGCAUUCUUUUGGCUAGGAAUAUACCUGUAUGGAAGUCCCCAGCCACCUUGGAACGGUGCUAGACCACAUUUAUUUCUGUUUUUCAGGAUCUCUGGCAUAACAUGUUGUGAACAGUACCCACCCUGGUGCAUUGACACAAAGCGUAUGGGGAUAGAUCAUCUCGAGUCUGGACCAAACGUGUCCCAAAAGUGUCCCAAAACUGCUCCAAACACUCCAGUGUAGUAGGCAGAGUGUUAGGUCUGUGAAAUGUGUUUUUGUGCAAUGCAUUUUGGGUAAACAGCCAGUGCAGACUCAUUACUUUAAAUUUAUGUUUACAAUGUACUGUAGGCCCAUUUGAAGACGGAAAAAUUCUAGUCACAAAACAAUCACGUACAGAAUUUUUUUUUCUUUAUUCAAACACCCACCACGUAAGGCAUUUGGGUGAAAUGCACUUACCAUUGGUUGCAUUUUUCUGUGCAAUGCUAUUUGAAUAGAAAAACAUCUUAACAUCUAAUUCAAAAUAGUAUAACUACUGUAAUGUAUAAACAUUUUCUUCAUACAUAGUGCCCAUUAAGCCUUCGGAGUGUAUCAGGUGUAAAAAAGUAAACAAAUAUUAGAAUGUUUAAAUGAUGCUGAUAUAAAAUAUCUAAUUUAAUGUUUUCAUAUGUUUAUGGUGGCAUCGCACUUUACAUAAAAUAAAAAAAUAUUGUCAAACUUUCAAAUGCUAAAUUAUGCUUAUUGUUCUUUGAGAUGUUUAAGUUAAUAUAUACAGUAUAUAUAUGAAACACUUUAAAUGUAUUGGCAGUACUACAGUUGCUAAUUAAAUUUUAAAAGCAAACAUUUCUAAACUGUAACAUAUCCAUUUUUUUACACUUAAGAUAUAACAGACAAUGGUAAAUGUGAUUUUUACUUCACUAAAGAGCAUACAGAUUUACCAAAAUAAAAGUUUUCAAACUUGGAAUUUCCCAUGAAUAGAAAAUGCUGUACCAACGUUCCUCAUCCUAUACGCAUAGUGUUGAUGGUAUAGAAAAAUGCAACUGAAUUAUUUACAGACCCUUUUAAUGUGUUUUUUUCCCCCCCAUAUAUUUUAUAAUGCUUUAUGCUAUGUAGGUUUCAAAUGGUCUUAAGUUUUUGUUUUAAAAUGCCAAAAUGGAUUAAAAAAAUCUGUUGUGUAAAUGUAUGCUCGCCUCAGGUGUAUUAUUGUAAUUGGUUGUUGCCAAGUCUGUAUUAUAGUCGGUUUUCUUUUUGUUUAUAAUUUUAUUGUGUAGAAACUUUUUUAAGGGUUUUGUGUAAAAAAUAGAGGUCAUAUCUAAUUUUGCUAUUAUGAUUUCAAACACCUUUCCAUUAUUUGUGGAAUGAUAUACUUUAUGCUUAGCAAAUGAAAUCCCAUGUCCUACACAACCCAAGCAUUUUAUGUUUAAAGUUGCAUUUUAUAUAUGUUGAUGGAAAAUGCAGGUAUUUUUACCUGCCCUAAAAGUGAAAAAAAAAGUUUAACUGCAUGUCAUUUUCAGAUACACAAAGUGCUAUGGGAUAUAGCUGAAUGAGUGCUAUAUAUAUACAAAAAGCCUUUGUUAACACUUUGUUGCUUUAUGCUUCAUAAUGUUUAUAUUCGCUGAGUGCUGAUGAUGUACAGAUGUAUCUGGAAUGUCAACAUGUUGAGGAAAAUGCAAAUGCACACAUGUAGAUGAAGGCAUGGCUGAAACAGUAUUAUGGACAGCUUCUCCAAAUUUGUGAAAAAUAUUGCAUGUCGAUAUAAAAUUCAGUGUGAAACUGAAUUUAAACUUCCAUCAAUGGUUUCAAUUAUUUUCUGUGGAAUAGGCAUGUUAUAUACGUUGAGGUGUAAUGUGUCUUCUCCAGAUGUAUUUAUAGAAUACUAAUUUUGUUGAUGGUUGCUAAGAAUCAAUUUCAUAAACGUUAUUCAUCAAGGAAGAUGACUUAAUGGUCAUUUAUCAUUUCCCCAAGUCUUGGAAAAUUUGAACACCAUCCAGCACUGCAUGUACAUAACUCUUGUUUUGUGUUUUAAAUUGCAUGGUAUUUUGAACCGGCAUUUUAUAAACCGUAUGAAUAAAUUUUUUGUGCAUGGAA